AUGCGGUGUCCCAAAAGCCUUCCCCCAGUGUUUCAUGCGCGGGCCAUGGAGCUCAAGGCGGAGGGCAACCAGCAUUUCCAGGCACGGGAAUAUGCAGCAGCCAUGGAGCGAUACGGCAAGGCCAUCAAGCUGCUGCCCGCCACUCAUGCGGACAGAGGCAUUCUGCACAGGCAGUAUCAGGCACGCGAGUGUGCAGCAGCCAUGAAGCGAUAUGACAAGGCUGUCAAGCCGCUGCCCACUGGUCAUGCAGACAGGGCGGUUCUGCACAGCAACCGAGCGGCCUGUCUGCUGCAGAUGCGGCCGGUGGAUUACGAGGGCGUGAGGGUGGAGUGUGACGCCAGCCUCGCUCUCAACCCGGGCUUCUGCCGUGCGCUGCUGCGCCGCGCCAAGGCGCUGGACGCGCUGGGCGAGAAGGAUAAGGCCGAGGCUGACGUGGAUGCGAUUUUAAAGGUGAGGAUUGGUAGUUCAAGUAUGGGAGCGAGCGGUAAGGCCAAGGCGCUGGACGCACUGGGGGAGAAGGACAAGGCCGAGGCUGACGUGGACGCGAUUAUAAAGGCGGAGCCCACCAAUCAGGACGCAUGGGAGAUAAAGAAACGGCUGCAGAAGCUGAAAGCUCCUCCUGCUAGCAAGCAGCCCUCCUCCGUCCCUCCCUCUGCCGCUGCUGAUACCGCCACACCUCCAUCCCUCUCCACCACCCCACAACCCAUCCCCACCGCUCCCGCUGCCUCUGCCACACCAUCCCCACCCGCCUCUGCUCCCAUCCCCACUGCUCCCAUCACUGCCACUGCCAACCAAUCAGAAGCAGUAAAGCCUUCCCCUGAUAGCAAAGUUUCGUCUUUCUCUCCUGCUCUUGAAACCUCCACCGAGGGAUUAGGUGCUGAUUCGCCUGCUGCUCCAGCUUCUGGGUUGGCUGCUGCUCCGGCUUCUGAUUCGGCUUCUGGCUCGGGUUCAGGUUCGGGUGCUGGUUCGGAUGCUGGUUUGGGCGGCGGGAUGAGCCACAUGCCGCAGCUGCCUCCUAGAAAGCAGCAGGCAGCAGCGGAAGCAAGGGAGGGAUCUUUUGAGUCGACUCAAAAGCUGCCUCCUAGAAAGCAGCAGGCAACAGCGGAAGCAAGGGAGGGAUCGGGGACAGGGGCAGGGACAGGGACAGGGGGGAAGGAUGGAGACGGAAAGACGAAGGGUGGGAGAAAGGGGGAGGGAGGGGGAAAGAGGGGAGGAAGAGGAGGAAAGGGAGGAGGAGGGGAGGGGCGAGUUGAGAUGGUGAAGGAGAAGAGGGUAGUGAGAAGGAAGGUGGUGAGGAAGAGGAUGCAGAAGGUGUUGAGGAGGCGGAGGGAGGAGAGGCGAGUGCCGACGGUGCGAGUUAAAGUGACUCUGGCCACGGGCAGAGACACGAGGCUGGCUCAGAUGCCCGUGGGUUGCGGGUUCCAACAGCUGCACAGAAUCGUGGGCGCGUGCUUCCCCCAUCUGAACGGAAAACCCAUGCUUCUUCACUACACUGAUGCUGAGUUUCACACUCACAGCAAUGCUCAUCCUCGCAACCCAAUCUCCCAGGGAGACCUCAUCACAAUGACAUCUAAGGAGGACAUUGCUAUUGCUCUCAGUAUUGGCCGAGCAGCAGCAGCAGGAGGAGGAGGAGGAGGAGCGGGAGGAGGAGGAGCAUCAUCACCAGUGGCAGUGGCAGCGGUAGCAGCGGCAGCAGCAGCAAGAGAAGCAGCCACAGCAGCAGCUGCUGCUGCAGUGGCGGCAGCAGACGCGCAGGCUGCUCUCGCUGCCUCUCUGGGUGCUGCGCCUCUCGAAGCUGCUUCCCUUAGGCAAAGGGAAUCAGCGGUAGCUCCUCCUGUCGCUGCCAGUGCUGCUGCUGAGUCGAAAGCGGAAGUGGAAAUCAAAGGGAAGGAUCAGUUGAAGCAGGGGAAUGAUGAGGGGGCAUUUGAGCCAGUGCAGGUGAAGGACGCAGAAUCAGUUGCCAAGGAGGCUCAACAGGCGCAGGCACCAGCUGUGCCAGCUGACGAUGCUGACGUGGAAGAGGUGGAGUGGGAGGAGGUGGAGGAGGAAGGAGAGGAGGAGGUGGAGGUGGAAGAAGAGGAGGAGGUAGAGGAGGAGAUUGAGGUGCCUGCAAGUAAGGGGAAGGAGAAGGGAGAGGAGGAAAAUGUUGGAGAAGCAGAAGAGGAGGGAGAGGAGGAGGGGGAGUGGGAAGAAGGGGAGGAAGGGGAAGAAGGGGAGGAGGGGGAGGCACAACAGGAGGUACUAGUUGAUUCGUGGAUAAUCCAGUUUGCCGACCUAUUUAGGGAGCGGCUGGGCAUUGAUUCUCUCGCCAGCUUUGACCUGGCGGAUGCUGACGUGGCAGCGGUUAAUAGGGCACUGGAGGGGACGGUGGAGGCGGAGGAAGCUUCUGAGUUGCUGCAGCAGGCAGCUGCCAAGUUCCAGAGCAUGGCAGCAGUGGCGCAUCUGAACUGGGGCAACACCUAUGUCUGGAUGGCUCGGCGCAGGCUCGGCCUCAAACCUGCUCCGGAAACUGCCCAAACCACCCAAACCACCGCUGUCGCUGCUGCGGCCGCAGAAGUGGGCGUGGAAUCAGGCAAGGAGGGUGAUGAAGCAGAGAAAGUAGCAACAGAAGCAGACAAGAGAGGCAUGGAGGCGGACAAAGGGAGGGCGGAGAAGGAGAAAGAGGCGUUGAGAGAGAUAAGAGGGGAUCCAGAUCGGCGAGCAGCCAAGCUGGGGGAGGUGGAGGCGGCUCGGGAGGUGCUGGAGCAGGCUCGGGAGAAGUACGAGGCUGCUCUGACGGUGCAGCCGAACCUGCCAGAUGCGCUGCUGGCGCUGGGGCAGUGCUUUGUGGAGAUGGCGCUGGCAGAGGAGUUCCUGGCAGUGCUGGAAGGGGCGGAGGGCGAACAGUGCAGGGUGCAGUCGGGGUGGUGCUCUCCAGAUACAGUGUUUCUGGCAAUGAAACCUCCCUCUCCCCUCUUACGUCCCCACACAUCAUCCUGGCAGGCGCUGCUGGCGCUGGGGCAGUGCUUUGUGGAAAUGGCGCGAGCAGAGGAGUUUCUAGCCGUGCUGGAAGGGGAGGAGGGCGGGGAGGGGGACGAGGGAGAGAACGGGGAGAAGAAUGAGAAGCAGGAGAAGGGAGAGGGAGAGAAGGGGACUGAAGGGGGGGGAGAGGGGAAGAAGCGUAUGAGAGGAGUGCUGGAGUGUUUGGCUCAAGCAGAGGAGAGUUUCACCGCUGCUGUGAAGGCAUGUGACACGAUCGAGCAGGACCAUUUGAAGCAGCACGAGGCAGCAACAGCAGGAGAAUCAGAGGAGGAAGGGGACCUUUCUAAAGAGGACCCUGCUGCCAAGCAUGGCCACCCAGGGCACAAGCACGGCCCUGGAUGCAAUCAUGACCAUGGGCAUGAGCACGCGCACAAGCAUGGGCCUGGAUGUAGUCAUGACCACGGGCAUGACCAUGCAGGAGAUCCGGAUGCAUUCCUUGCUGACGUGGCGGCGUUCCGGCAGAACGUGAACCUCCAGCUGGCCAAUUGCAUGUUUGACAAGUCGCAGGUCCAGUUGGACCUCAUCCUCUCACCUCCUUCCCCUUCCCCCCUCCCUCCUCCCUCCCCCCCUCACUCUCCUCUCCCCCUCUUUCCCUUCCUCCCCUCUUCACUUCCCAUGCCUCAUUCUGGCCGUCGUGUGUGGUGCAUGGUGACAAUGGAUCAGUUCAAGCUGUCAGAUGCGGGAUGGGAAUCGUCUCUCGAGGCGGCUGUAGCAGCGUUCAAGGGCGUGGGAGUGUCAGAAGAGGAGGUGCAGCGUGUGCUCGCCACACACGCCUCUUCGCAGGCCACAACCUUGUCCCCUCAGUCUUAG